AUCCAGAGAAAAGUUGUCGAAGAGUCGUUUUCCUUUUAUGAUUACUUGACAUUUGUCUAGCUCCUUUAGUUGCACGCAUGUUUUUAAACGUGUUUGUCUAACUUUAUAAGCUUCAAGUGCCUUUGAGUAAUCUUGUAUAACAAGUGCUUGGACAGGUCUUCUGCGUUAGCCGUAAACAUGUCGUACGCGUGCACGAGCUUAUAGGAGCGACUCGGAAAGUGUUGUAGGCCUUUUUGAGGUGUUUUCAUCCCUCGUUUUUGGCUAACAGCAAACCCCAUUAACAGAAAAUGUCACUGCACGAAUAUGAGCGGCAUUUUGACUCGCUAAAUUCGGAAUUGGGCGGCGGGUCUGUGGUCAGUGAGCCGUCUUCUUCGGGUACGUUUUAUGGCGAAGAGGAGAAGUUACACUACAUUCCUAUCCGGAUCCUGGGAAGGGGGGCGUUUGGCGAAGCGACUCUGUACAGGAGAACUGAGGAUAAUUCCUUGGUGGUGUGGAAAGAGGUGGACUUGAACUCGCUCUCAGAAAAAGAACGACGAGAUGUCAUGAAUGAAAUCAACAUCCUCUCCAUGCUGGAGCACAACAACAUAAUAGCUUACUUCAACCACUUCAUGGAUAAAAACACUCUGCUCAUUGAGUUGGAGUAUUGCAAUGGAGGAAAUUUGUAUGAUAAAAUUGUUCAGCAGAAGGGAGCUCUUUUUUCCGAGAAGGUAGUUAUAUGGUACCUGUAUCAAAUUGCUUCAGCGGUGGCCCACAUUCAUAAAGCUGGGAUCUUACACAGAGAUAUCAAAACUUUGAACAUUUUCCUGACCAAGACUGACCUCAUCAAACUGGGAGACUAUGGCCUUGCAAAGAAGCUGGACUCUGAGUUUUCGAUGGCAGAGACGUGUGUAGGAACUCCAUAUUACAUGUCACCUGAAUUAUGCCAGGGAGCUAAGUACAACUUCAAAUCAGACAUUUGGGCUGUUGGUUGUGUUCUUUAUGAAGUCUUAACUUUAAAAAGAACAUUUGAUGCAACAAACCCUUUAAACCUCUGUGUUAAAAUAGUCCAAGGCAACUGGACUAUGGAAGUGAACUCUGACAUUUAUUCGUCCGGACUGUUGAAGCUGGUAUAUGAGUGUCUCGAUCAGGAUCCUGCAAAAAGGCCAACAGCCGAGCACAUUCUGGACCAGCCUUUCAUCUCCUCUAUCAGACAGGACCUUGAAGAGCAAGUUGUCUUGCUGAAUUCAGCAAUGAAGAGACCAAAAUUGAGUACUGUGUCGGAGAGUCCCAUCGCCGUGGUGACCACGCGUUCGAGGGAGGUGUAUUAUUGGGGAGGAGGGAAGUUCACCCCCCAAAAACUUGACUCGUUCAAAGCAGGCAGCAGUGCCCAACACGUGUGUGCAGGAGAGAAUCACUUUGCAGUGGUGACAGUAGAAAAGGAGCUGUACACCUGGGCUAAUGUCCAAGGUGGGGCCAAAAUGGUGGGGCAGCUGGGACACGGAGAUCAGGCCUCCUAUCGACAGCCAAAGAGGGUGGAGAAGCUCCAGGGGAAGGCCAUCCGACAGGUGGCGUGUGGAGCAGACUUCACUGCCUGUGUAACUGAUGAAGACCAGAUGUACAUGUUCGGCUCAGACUAUUAUGGUUGCAUCGGGGUGGAGGGUGAGCUGGGGUCGGAGAUUUUGGAGCCAGUGCUGCUGGAGUUUUUUGAGGGGCGACCUGUUUGGCAGGUUUCGUGUGGAGACAACCAUGUGGUGGUGUUGACUCAGGCUGGGGACAUCUACUCAUGGGGCUGCGGAGAAUACGGGCGUCUUGGUCUGGAGUGUGAAGAUGAUUUUUCUUCUCCAAUGCAAGUAGAGAUUCCUAAAGGUGCUUCUAUUUCCUCUGUCUCAUGUGGCAGCGAUAGCACCUUCUUUUUGACAGAGACCGGUAAAGUGCUAGCGUGUGGAAACAACGAGUUCAACAAACUGGGGUUAAAUCAGGGCAUCUCUGGAAUCAAGAAUCACCCCGGAGAGGGUUACCAAGGGAUACCGUACACUACCACAAUGACCCUGGUAAAGCAGCUGUCACGCUUCAAGAUCCAGGCCAUUUCUCCUGGGAAGACUCACACUGCUGCUAUUGAUGAACGAGGUCGUUUGAUCACAUUUGGUUGUAAUAAGUUUGGACAGCUGGGUGUGAAGGACUUCAAGAAGCACGCUGGUGUGCAGGUCCUUGUUGGCCCCUUUGGAGGCAAGACAGUGACCAAAGUGUCUUGUGGAGACGGAUUCACCAUCGCGGCGACAGAAGACAAUCAGAUCUUCGCAUGGGGAAAUGCAGGAAACGGGAGGCUGGGAAUGCCUGCCGAUAGGGGUUUUGGUUCGGAGGUUUGCCCCGCCCUGCCCAGGCCCAUCUUUGGUUCCCUCCAUCAUGUACCCGACCUCUCGUGCCGUGGCUGGCACACUAUUAUUAUCAUAGAAAAAGUCCUCAACUCCAAGACCAUCCGUUCAAACAGCAGCGGACUCUCAAUUGGGCUCGGCCACGACGGAUCAACAUCCACCGUUGAUCUGGACUUGGAUCCCGGAUCGGAGACUGAGUGCCGUGGCAGGAGUCUUGGAGGAACACGGGAGGUUAACGUGGACGAAUGCUUCAUGGAGACCCCGAUGAUGUCAGCUGCAAAUCAGACUGGAGACAGCUCCUGUCCUCUGUGGCUUCAAAAGGAGCUAGAAGACGCAGAGUUCAUCCCAAUGCCAGAAACGGGCGACGACGACAUUCUCCCGUCUGUGUCCGAGAGCUUCACUCGCCCAUACGAGGACCUGAAAGAGCUCAAGGCAGCAGCAGAUGCUGUCAGCACCGCAAAAAGCCUCUCGGAAACACGAGUGAGCUUUGAUGCAAUCAACGGUCUGGAUGGAGGUGAUGUCUGCAGAAAGGGGGAGUCUGGUGCUUGCUGUAAAGCAAGUAGAGAGGUGGCUCAGUUGCAAGAAAUGCUCGUCCAUCAAGAAAGGAGGAUUCAGAUGCUGGAAAAGCAGGUCAGUGAACAGAAAAAGGAGAACGAGAAGCUCUGGGCGGCCAUCAAUCGCACCGCAGGGCAGGAAACGGGUCUCAACAGCGACAGAAACAGUCUCUCUGCGCCAACGGGAGGCGGGAGAAGAGGGGAGCUGACCAAUCACGGAGGCCGAUCUGCCGGAGCAAGUGUGUGAGCUUUAACCUAAGAAACGCUUGAGAGAGAAAAGAAGUGUCACCAAAGAUGCAUUUAUAAGAUUCUAAACAUUUCACACUCCUUUGUUGGACCUCUGAAAACGUUGGCUGGAUUUAAGUAGAUAAAAGCACGAGAAAGCAAAUCCGAUCAGUGUUAUACUGCAGUGUAAAUGUUUCCAAUAUUUCUAUAGACUUGAUGUUUCAGCAUUUACACAAAAAGGCCUCAAUUUUAGUAUUUUUCAAAUGCAAAGAAAAGAAACUUUAUGAAGUUGUGUUCGCUGUGUGUUUGAGUUCCUUCCCACGUUUGUUUGACAUUUUGGGAUUUGCUAUGCAAAACUUUGAUCCUUUCUAAAUGUACCUGUUGUACUAUAAAAACUAUGCAUAAACUGCAAAACUACUGACAUAUUUCUAAAGCAGUUGCUUUUCUUUUGUACCUUAUCUUUGCCUCCAAAGUUCUUGUAUUAAAUAGUUGUGACAUAUGAGUGCCUAAAAGGUUUCCAAAAUGCGUGUGAACAAUUAAGAACUUUUAAAAAAGCUUAUUUUGAAACUGUAAUAUUUUGGUUUUCAUAUUUUGUUUUAAAUGUUUUUGUCGUUGGUACUUUCUGUAAUAUUCUGAUGCUUUUUGUGCAUUUUUUUUGUAAACGCAAACACUUUUUUUGCUCUCUUUGUGUUUGUUUUGGAUGUGUUUGUUAGUUUAGUUUGGGUUUGUGAGCAUUGCACAAUCUUUUACUGUUUGAAAGCUUGUUACCUUUAAAGAUGUUUUCAAUUAUUUUAGCUGUCUAAAAAACUAUACCAAAGAAACAACUUGUAUGAAUAACUAGAUGAUUAGGUUUGAUUUUGGAUAUUUGAUAAGGGGUCUAUUGAAAAGCAGUUUUUUAAAUAUAUUUGUUGCAAAUGUUUUAUCAUAUUUAUGAAAAUUUCGUGAAUGUUAACCCCCUUUUAAAAACUGAAUUGAUAGAUGAGUUUUAGGACUUUUUCUUUGCUUGUUUUUAAAGCAUCUAAGGCCUUCAACUGAACUGCCAUACAUUAAACAGAGAUUUUGCAAACAA